AUGUCGCAACCGACGACGCGCAAGACACGCUCAACUCUGGAGGUCCACCAGAUACCCAAUUUCUACGCAUGUUACCUUCUCAAGUCUGUCCGAACGCCACGCGCAACAGCAACAUACAUCGGAAGUACACCACACCCUCCACGAAGGAUACGUCAACACAAUGGGGAGAUUGCCGCUGGCGCAUGGAAGACUAAGCACAAUCGACCCUGGGUGAUGCAGAUGAUUAUCUACGGAUUCCCUUCGAAGUUGGCCGCGCUGCAGUUCGAAUGGGCAUGGCAGCAUCCUCACAUCUCGCGUCACCUGCGCGAUGCGGACGGCAAGUCCCUGUUCGCUGGCGACAAGAAGUCCAAGACACUGAAAGCGAGUGCGAAGGUUGGGCGUAUGAUGGUCACGAACCCACCCUACACGACCUGGCCUCUACACGCAAAGCUGUUCACGGCAGAAGCCGUCAAACUUUGGGAUACGUUCAACAAGGAUGCCUCCGUGCCGGCGCUGCCUCGAGGAUUCACGACACAGGUUGAGCUGGAGGGUGUUGAUGGCAAGUCCGGCCAUACCGGCUCUGGAAGAACAGGCCCUCUAGAUGUUUCUGAUAUCACGUUCACAACAGCACACCUUGUCAAACACAACGCCGUGGUGGUUGAGGCGCGCUACACCUGCGCAGUAUGCCGCGCUUCGAUCGACGAUUAUCGUACGGCGCCACUGAACACUGCUUUGUGCACUAAUGAGCGUUGCACUGCAGUAUCACAUUUGUCUUGCCUAGGUCGACACUUCUCUGCGCAGGACCCCGGUCACGUCGGCAUAGUCCCUCGAGGAGGCGACUGUCCGGGCUGUGGCGACUAUCUUCUUUGGGGAGACCUCGUGCGCGGCUGUUACCGGCGCCACGCAGGAGGCACAGCAAAGCCCGAAAGCGAGGCAGACGAGGGGUCGGAAGCAAGUAGUAGCUCGGGUUCACCGCCUAGCGAAGCCUCAGACGGUGAAGCAUCGCCCAAGAAAGUCUUGAAUAAGGGCAAGGCGAAAGCUGCCACCACUUUAAAGAGGGUGACGAAACGUAAAGCCGUACAUAGCGAAGCUACACAACAGCGAAGAGGCAUGCACACGACGGCUGGCGCUGCUGGGAGUGACUCGGAAGGAGAGUUCUUCGAUCUAAAUGCCAUCAGCUCUGGUACCGAUUCGGAACGUGACGAUGCGCUGCUCGUAUCCGCAAAGACCCAUGUUUCUCGCCCUAAGCCUCGCACAAAGCCAGCGCCAAACCGUCCGUUGCCAGGACCUUCUCGCAUCUACUCUUCAACCGAGCGUACGUUCUCAGCUCGCGAAGCGGUGGAGUUCCUGGACAACUUUGGCGGGCAAGCGUACGACCAUUCCAGUCCGCCACCGGAUGCAUCACAUCUUCUCGCAGACCACAUCCACGGUAUCCCGUCCCCUCAUUCGGAUACAUCACCAUCAUCCUCUCGCCGUCGAGCCCGACCACAGCGUUUUGAUGCUACAGAUCAAGAUCAACAAGAGCAGAAGCGCCGCCGCACGCUGUCUCCUAUCCAAAGCCACUCCCCGAUGCCCAUGUACGAGGACUUCUCCGAAGACGAAGAGGUUCUCGUGCUUGAAGAUCGGCCACCUGCUUCGCUGGAACGUAUCCGCGAUCGAAGACGCCGCGGAGUGGCAGAGGAAGACGAUGAAUUGCCGCUCGCGAGCGGAGAAGCUCAACUCAGAGACGACGGACAGGCUCUUGAUCUCCUGGAUCGCAUGUCAACGCUAUCCGUGUCUUCCCCAGCACCUUCACCGCCACCUACACUCAGAUAUGCGAAGAGGACGUCCGCUCUUUCCGACGAUGUCAUAGAAAUAUCAGACUAG